UUGCAAAUCGACGUCCGGUGGCGGGGUGAUACUGGAGAUGAGGAGUGUCGGGCCGCACUUACCUCCCGCAGCCUGACGAAUCCAUUGCCUGAGAAGGAUUCGAAGAAGAAGCAGCGCGGCGGCGCGAUUCUCUGCUCGGCGCCGAAGAAGACGCAUCCGAGGGAGGAAGAGAUAGAAAGGAGGCAACCGGUAGUUGAGCCGUCGCCGGAGAACGAGGCGAUGCGGACAACGCCGACGAAGGAGCCUAAGGAGAAGCGCUGCGAUUUCGGCGGGACUUCAACCGACGAGAGGACGGCGCUGAAGACGAUGAUGGGGAGGCCGUCGGGUUGCCCGCCGCCGGGAAUGGAAGGUGGGAGGAAGAAGGAAGGCGGCGCCCUUCCGCCAGUCACCCUAGGCUGCAUCUCCUCUCUCGCAAACCCUAGGUCGAGGAACGCGGACGGCGCAACUGGGUUGUUGGCGGGGUUUAUCCCCGAAUGCGUGACCGUCAUCGAGGGGAAGCGAAGCGACGAUGACGUGGCCCGCGUCGACGCCAAUGCAGUCAGGGCGGCGGAGAAGAUGGAGAUCUCCGUCAAUAACAUCGACGGGAAGGAAACAGUGCGCAAUGGUGAUUAUCACCUCCGCGAGGCUCUCACCCAACGAUCUGGAAGCGAUGGGAAGGAAACACUGUGCCGCGGUGAUUAUCACCUCGACGAGGCUCUUACCUAUCGAUUCCAAAGCUGCGAGCAGGAGGGGUUCGCGGUUGGGGUUGAUGAGUAUCAGAAGCAGACUGAUGAGAAAAGAACGGUUGUAGAAAGGAGUAACAGUUACAGGUCUUCUGAAACUGGACAUUUAUCAUCAGCAUCAGGUGGAAAUCAGUUGGAGCUCUUCGUAGAUGUUCUGCUCAAAUCUUUAUAA